AUGGAUACACUUCCUGUAAUUGUUCUUCAACAGGUUGUUGAUCAACUACAUAUAAUGGAUGCAUGUUCAUUCAUCCUGUCGACCAAGAGACUAUAUCAACAUAGAGUGUCAAUCGCACGCCCAUCAGAUCCUUGCACUUGCGGUUGUGUUAUCACUCCUACAGACCUCAACAAGAUCUCAGUCUUCCAUCGAUGUAAUCAACAGAAUAUAUGGCUAAAGCAGAAGGAUGAAGGCCAACCUUAUUUGUUGGAAACACGAGGCGAAGAGUCAAGAGCAAUGUUUGAACAACCAUUCGAUCAACCAUUGUCAAGUGUAACAUUCCCAUCCAAUGUAGUUGGUGUCCACUUCAAUGUAUCACUGGAUAAACAGUUCAGGAUACCAAUCGAACCAGGUGAUAUCCCUGAUACAGUUACAUCUAUGACACUUGGUCGGUUCAUACAACCUUUGAAACCAGGCGCAAUCCCCAACAGUGUGACAUCACUCAAUCUUGCAUUGUCCUACACUCAUGAUUUGCAGCCUGGAAUCAUCCCAGCCUCAGUGAAAGAGUUACACUAUUACAACAGCCAACAUCCAAAGCCAGGUGCACUGCCGCCAUCAAUCACCAAGCUGGACUUUGGUGGGUGCAAGUACCAACUACCUCCUGGCGCACUGCCACCUGCAUUAACCAGCUUGAACCUGUACAACUAUAUUGGUACCCUGGCACUCGACGUGCUACCUACAUCACUGACACAUCUCGAGCUGGGAUACUCAUUCAACCAGGUCAUUGAGCUUGGUGUACUUCCGCCACGACUUGCCAGCCUAAUCUUUGGAGAAAGCUUUGACAGGCCUCUACAGCCCUUCGUCCUCCCCGAGUCAUUGACCUUGCUCAAGUUUGUAAGGUUUGACAAUCCUCUGCCACCAGGCACGCUGCCCUCAUCCCUGCUGUCGUUGGAUAUGGGUAUCUAUUAUAACAUACCAUUGGAGAUUGGUUCAUUACCAGCAUCACUCAAAUCACUGGUGUUGUCGCGAUCAUACAAUCAAGAACUAAUGCCAAGGGUGUUGCCAGACUCGCUCACUCAUCUGUCGUUUGGGGUAGGGUACAAAAAAAGGUUGACCAGAGGUUUGUUGCCAGCAUCACUUACAUCACUUGGAUAUGUAAACCCCAAUCUAUUGGAAUUCUCAUCUCAUGUCACCUUUGAACAAUGUCAUAUCAGACAUAUUACAUUGGAUGUUGAUUCAAAAAUGCACCAACCUAGAAUGCCACUCAACUCCCAGUUUGACAAUCGUGUACAAACACUCGAGUUGUUGCAUUGUGGCAAUCAUUCAAUCAACAACCUUAUAAGAUUGUUCAAAGAGACUGACAUUACCGACAUGAUCAUUCAUGGUCAUGGUGAUAAUCAAGUUGAUGGUGAUCGUGGUGAAGACGCCAAGAUAUCUGUUCGUCCACUGGAUCACAAACUCAUACUUAUUUGUACUAAUAAUUCAAAAUUAUAUAUCUCAUUGUUG